UCCCCGGCCCUCCGCCCCCCAGCUCCAGCCGCCGCGAGCCCCCGACGCCGCGCACGGUCUGCCAUGGUCACAUGAGCCGCCGGGAAGCCGCGUUCGCACCGUCUCGGCCGGGUCCGCCGCGGCUCGUUAGCGGCGCAGACGGGGGGGAGCCCCCGGAGCGCGGCCGCGGAAGAUGCACCUCCUCGGGCGGCUCCGCCGAAGCUUCCGAGCGCUGACCGUGCUCCUGGCCGCCUUCUGCCUGGCCAGCAUCCUCGUCUCCGCCUACUUCCUCUACGCCGGCUACCGGCAGGCGGGGGCGCUGGUGGAAACGGCCGCCGCCGGCGGGGCGGGGUGCGGGGGCGCCAGGGCCCCGCCCGACCGGCCUGCGCCCCGGCCCGCGGGGCUGCGGACCGCCCGGCCGGCCGACGCGGCGCGCACGGACGCCACGGUGCUGCUGUUCGUGGAGAGCCAGUACUCGCAGCUGGGCCAGGACGUCGUGGCCAUCCUGGAGUCCAGCCGCUUCCAGCACCACGUGGUCAUCGCGCCCGGCAGGGGCGACAUCCCGCCUCUCACCGAGGGCGGCAGAGGCAAGUUCGCCCUGGUGGUGUACGAAAACAUCCUCAAGUACGCCGGCAUGGACGCGUGGAGCCGCGAGCUCCUGGACAAGUACUGCGCGGAGUACGGCGUGGGCAUCAUCGGCUUCCACAAGGCCGCGGCGCACAGCGCGCCGCCCGCCCCGCUGCGCGGCUUCCCCCUGAGCCUGGCCAGCCCCCUGGCCCUGCGGGACUGCUUCGUCAGCCCGCGGGCGCCGCUGCUGCGCAUCGCCAAGGCGCCCCGCGUGCACCAGGGCCCCCUGCCCGGGGAGGACUGGACCGCCUUCCAGUCCAACCACUCCACCUACCUGCCCGUGCUCCUGGCCGCGCCGCAGGCGGGGCGGGGCGCGCCCUCGCAGCCCGGCCAGCCGCUCCUGGCCACCGUCGUCCAGGACCUGGGGCUGCAGGACGGCGUCCAGCGCGUGCUCUUCGGGAACACCCUGAGCUUCUGGCUGCACAAGCUCAUCUUCAUCGACGCCGUGUCCUUCCUGACGGGGGGGAGGCUGGCCCUGUCCCUGGACAGGUACGUGCUGGUGGACAUCGACGACAUCUUCGUGGGCAAGGAGGGGACCCGCAUGAACGUCAAGGACGUGAAGGCAUUACUAGAGACUCAAAAUUUACUGCGCACUCAGGUUGCAAACUUUACCUUCAACCUUGGAUUUUCAGGGAAGUUUUACCACACAGGGACGGCGGAGGAGGACGAGGGCGACGACCUCCUGCUGCGGUCGGUGGACGAGUUCUGGUGGUUCCCGCACAUGUGGAGCCACAUGCAGCCCCACCUCUUCCACAACGAGUCCUCGCUGGUGGAGCAGAUGACGCUCAACAAGGAGUUCGCCCAGGAGCACGGGAUCCCCACCCACAUGGGGUACGCGGUGUCCCCGCACCACUCGGGCGUCUACCCAGUGCACAUGCAGCUGUACGCGGCCUGGAAGAAGGUCUGGGGCAUCCAGGUCACCAGCACGGAGGAGUACCCGCACCUGAAGCCGGCGCGGCACCGCCGGGGCUUCAUCCACAACAGCAUCAUGGUGCUCCCGCGGCAGACCUGCGGGCUGUUCACGCACACCAUCUUCUACAGCGAGUACCCGGGCGGCCCGCAGGAGCUGGACCAGAGCAUCCGCGGCGGAGAGCUCUUCCUCACCGUGCUGCUGAACCCGAUCAGCAUUUUCAUGACCCACCUGUCCAACUACGGGAAUGACCGCCUGGGCUCGUACACCUUCGUGCACCUGGCCAACUUCGUGCAGAGCUGGACCAACCUGCGGCUGCAGACCCUGCCCCCCGUGCAGCUGGCCCGCAAGUACUUCGAGCUCUUCCCGGAGCAGAGAGACCCUCUCUGGCAGAACCCGUGCGACGACAAGCGGCACAAGGACAUCUGGUCCCGAGAGAAGACCUGCGACCACCUACCCAAGUUCCUGGUCAUCGGGCCGCAGAAGACAGGGACCACGGCCCUGUACCUGUUCCUCCUGAUGCACCCGGCCGUCGUCAGCAGCCUGCCCAGCCCCCGCACCUUCGAGGAGGUCCAGUUCUUCAACGGGAACAACUACCACAAGGGCAUCGACUGGUAUAUGGACUUCUUCCCGACACCGUCCAAUGUCACCGGUGACUUUCUGUUUGAGAAGAGCGCGAACUAUUUCCACUCGGAGGAAGCGCCCAAGCGAGCGGCCUCCCUGGUCCCCAAGGCCAAGAUCAUCACCAUCCUCAUCGACCCCUCGGACAGGGCGUACUCCUGGUACCAGCACCAGCGCUCCCACGAGGACCCGGCCGCCCUGAGGUUCAACUUCUACGACGUGGUCACCACCGGGCCCCAGGCCCCGCCUGCCCUCAAGGCCCUGCAACACCGCUGCCUGGCGCCCGGCUGGUACGCCGUCCACCUCGAGCGCUGGCUCGCCCACUUCUCGGCCUCACAGCUGCUCAUCAUCGACGGACAGCAGCUGAGGUCGGACCCGGCCACCGUGAUGGACGAAGUCCAGAGGUUCCUGGGGGUCUCCCCGCACUACAACUACUCCGUGGCGCUCACGUUCGACCCCCAGAAGGGCUUUUGGUGUCAGCUGCUGGAAGGCGGGAAGACCAAAUGCCUCGGGAAAAGCAAAGGCCGGAAGUACCCGCCGAUGGACCCCGAGGCCAGGGCCUUCCUGUCCAGCUACUACCGGGACCACAACGUGGGGCUCUCCAGGCUGCUGCACCGGCUCGGGCAGCCGCUGCCCGCCUGGCUGCGGCAGGAGCUGCAGAAGGUGACGUAGCGCCGGGACCGGCCAGGCCAGCACCGCGAGCCCCGGCGCCACCCGCGCCCCUCGGGCACUCCAGCGGGUCGGGAGCACCGCGCGAACAAACCCG